AUGCAAUCGAACACCAGUCGUGCCACACUGAGCGCACAAUCAUCGGGCACACCAUCGGCUUCAACGAUAUCAUCAUCUGGCAAGCAACAAGUUGUUGAAUUAUCCGGCUAUGUCAUCAUUUUGGUGGAAAAUGUUGAUGGAAAAAUUAAAUUAUACGGUUCACCACCGGAUCGUGAUAAUUUGGAAGUGGGCGAUGAGAUACUCGAAGUUAAUGGCUUAACGCUGGAUAAUAUAUCGCGCACCGAGGUUAUACGUCACAUACACGAUUGCAUCAAAUCGUGUACGAUAUGUUUGCGGGUGCGAAAGAAAAACGAUUCACGGCUGGCUUGGGACAUUGGCAACUCAGUGCAAGACGCAUUUGUUAUAGCAGUUGAGGAGCAUGCAAGAGAGCGUUUACAACGUUUAGCGGCCUUAAAUCGUGUUACCCCAGUGGAUAUAACCCAGCUAUCGAAAAAGCUCCAGCAAACGAAAGGCGGUGCCCCCUCAACCCAAAAGCAGGAUUUAAGUUUUCUCAACGAAGCCUCCCCCAUCUAUGUGACCUCAUUUAAUAGUAAUCAUACGGCCUGCAACAGUACCACACUCACCACAGCCGGUGUUGCUGCCACAUCGACGGGCACAGCUGGUCUGAUUAGUGCCACGACAGUAACACCCACAGCCGUUGCAUCGACCACAACAAAUGCCACAUUGUCCAAGCCGAAGACCGUACCAGCCAGUGGUGUAGCUUUGUCGACGGCCAUUGCCGGUGUGGGAGCGGCAGCAACAGCUGUUAAGGCCGCCUCAUUAGGGCCCAUAACCGGAAACACCUCAAUAGCGGCGGAUAGAAAUGCCAAUAAUUUUACUCAGGCUUUAGCUACAACAGCGACAACAACAACAACACCACAACCAUCAUCAAUCACAGCAGCAGCAACAACAACACCAAUAUUGACAAAUCACAAUAGCAUCUAUCAGGCCACAGCCCUUAGCAAGCUACCCUCCUCCUUGCCGCACAAAAAAUUGACCAUUGCCCGAAGUCUCCAGCACCUGGAGGUCAAGGAAGAGGAUGACGAUGAUGAUGACUUGGCUGCAUUAGGUGCCAAUUUGUGUAACAUUAAUUUCAUUAACUACAAGAAUAAGCAUGCCGAAAUACCCACACCCACCAGCAGUAGUGCCCCGCUGAAUAUUCAACCAUUUGUGGCAACAGCCCCUCAUAUUGUGGCCGGUGCCAGCUCCACGUUGGGCAGACGGAAAUCUCAACCGAAUAACACCACCAUCAACAACUAUCACCAUCACCACCCACAGCAGCAGCAUCCAGCCAAUACAGUUACCGUUAGUGCCACCACAGUUGAUGUUCAUCGUUCGGCUCAGGGAGCAGCAUCAACAGCGUAUCACGAUCACAUACCACCGCCCUUGCAAAUAGCCCCGGCCCAUCACAAGGUGUAUGUGGAUGCCCAGACCUUAACCUCGCCCCGGUUGGCCAAGGAGGCACCAAUUGGUUUGCCCGAUAUCAGCAAGACUGCAACCACAACAGCAGCAGCAACAACAACAGCUUCAGUAGCUGUUACAACAGCCACAAAGGCGGUACAAGCUUUAAAUAACAACAAUAAUAAUAACAAUUUAAGAUCCCUGGCAGCUUUAUCAUCAUCAGCGGUGUCCAAAGCCAGUAGCAGCACCACCACCGCCACCAAUACCAGCAACAACAAUAACUCAUCCCAACAACAUUUACCAUAUUAUAAUGUUCAUCAUUUGGGCACUUUGCAACAGCUUUCCCAACCACUGACAGCAGCAACAGCAGCAGCUGCAACAACAAUUCCCAGCAUCAAUGCACCCUGCUCCCAACAAGUCACCAGUAAUAAUAGCAGCAUAGCUUCCAAUUCCAACCAAACAUCAUCAAUAAUCAGCGCCACAGCAUCAACGGCAACAUCAGCAACAAAAGCCCUCAGUAGCAGCAGUAAUCUUAGUAAUAAUUGUGAUUUAUAUAAUAUAUCAGCAACAACAAAUAAUCUUCAACAGCAACAACAACAUCAGCAUCAGCAGCAGCAACAACAACAACUACAACCACCGAGAAGAGAGUUACUAACCGAUGACGAUGAGGAUGAGACCGACGAUAUUUUACAAUUGAAUACAAAUAGUUUAUCAAAUAAUUUAUCGCAAUUAAACUAUAGUCCAAAUAGCAGCAUAUCAAGAGGUGGAUUUGAAUUAUUAUUAGGUGAUCAAUCGUUAAGACAGGAUAUAAGGCCCCGGCGUAGAUCCGGUUCCAGCAUAGUGGUCUUGGACAGUGAAGACUUGAAACCCUGUCUACCUGAUGUUUACAACAAUUUACCGCAUAUACGACAGCCAAACGAAGAUACACAAGAAAUUGAUCAGGAAAUGUACACAACCAUGUUGAAGUCCAUCAAUCAAGAUAAUGGACCUCAUCGCGAGAUGGCUGUAGAUUGUCCAGAUAAUUUUAUAGCACGCAACAAGACACCGCCACGAUAUCCACCACCCCGUCCACCACAGGUAACGUUAGUUAGAGGAAGUGUUAUAAGACCCAAACACAAGAAGAAAUUAUCACCCAAAGCCACACAGAAAUCUAAUACACUACCACACCAACGUAAUCUUCAUCAUCAGCACGAACACCAACAAACCCAACAAAUUCACCACACCUUAUCCCAAUCUAGCUAUAUUACCACACUAACACAAAGUUUGAAUUCCACCAUUAUAACCACCACCAUUACCACCCUAACCACAACCUCAUCCCCCUCUUCAUCCUCAUCAUCAUUGCACAAGCCUUUAUAUUCGGAAUCGGGUGGUUUAGGUCAUCAAAAUUCACCACUGCUCACCCAUAAAAACCAUUUGAAUAAUACCCUGCCCAAAUGUACCGCUAAGCUAAUGCAAAAUAAUACAAAAUUAAUUAUUAAUAAUUAUUCCCCAUCACAACAACAACAACAACAACAAUAUCAUCAUCACCAUCCAUCAUGUAACUACACCACGGCCUCGCUUUUCACCACCUGCUCGCUGGGUGAACUGAAUGACACCAAUGCCGAACUGCAAAUGCAAAAUGCCUACAAUGCCCAACAACAACUGAAACUGGAUCAAAUUGAAAACUAUGAAAAUUGCCUGGAACUGCAUGGCAUGGAACAGCAGAAAUUGAACAAUGCCCUGGUCAUGGGUAAGGCGAAAAUGUCAGUGGCCCAUAACCCCAAUGGGGGAACGUUGUCCUCACCCGAAGAUUUGGAUUUGAUGAUGGUCGAUGCCCUCUAUCGCAAGGGUUCGAAUUCGCACUCAUCCUCCUCCACAUAUGAAAGUGAGGUGUUGAGUAAGAAAUCCUCCGAGUCCUUUGAUUCCAUAUCCUAUCGCCAGCUGCAGAACAACAACAACAACAACAAUGAGCUAAAUGGCAAGGAUCCAAAUUCCCAUUCCAAUUCCAAUUCCUCUUCCUCGACAUCGUCGUCCAGCCAUGCCCUCAAAGCGGCAAAUGGAAAUCUCUUAAACAAUGCCGCCAUGCUUCUAAAUGGCGGGGGAGAUUCACUGACCAGCAUUACCAGUUCUGGUUCCACACCCCCUCCCGAAUAUGAGCUCAAAGAAUUGGCCUCAAAAAAUCUACUUCCCACCCCCAUCAAACAUCGUGAGCUACCAGUCGAUGUACCGGAUAGCUUCAUUGAAAUGGUCAAGACCCCACCACGUUAUCCACCACCUGCCCAUCUUUCCUCGCUUAGCUCACAAAUCUCCUCCUGCAGUUCUGCCUCCACAGCCAAUACCACCCUGACUCGCAUAAAUUCCACCAACAAUUCCAAUACCGAAUCAAUGCAAAAUCACGAUAUCAGUCUAUCGCCACAAUCCCUAAAGGGUGGCGGCGGAAUGAUGACGACCAUGAUGAAUGGCCAACAGCAGGAGACUUCUUUGAUAUCGACAAUGUCCCUGAAUGGAUCCUUUGAAGAUUUUCAAAUGCAGCAGCAGCAACAGCAACAGGGAUAUCAACAACAUGGCCUACAAAUUCCCCAGCCCCAAGUGGCGGGUGGCCAGCAGUCAACGAAACGUAACGAUGAGUUAAAUGGUUCCGUGAAACCAGUACCGCCACCACGUGACGCAGUACCACCCAAAGAUGGCCGCAUGCGCAGUUCACCACUGCCGCCGCAGCUACCAGACCGACGUGGCAUGCCGGGGGCCAGCAGUCAUCAGCCACAACAAAUUGCCCAAAUUGUUGAGCCAACCAUGGAGCAAUUGGAUAGCAUUAAAAAAUAUCAGGAACAAUUGCGCCGCCGACGCGAAGAAGAGGAACGCAUUGCCCAGCAGAAUGAAUUUUUGCGUGCCAGUUUACGUGGCUCUCGCAAGCUUAAAGCUUUGCAGGACAACAAACCGAGUGCCCAGCAACAGCAGCCGGUGGCAGCAGAACGGGCCGUAAUUGGCGUGGAAAAUGAGGCCUAUGUUGAGGAUGAGGAUACGGAAAAGGUUACGGGUUAUGGCGAUUUAAUUGCCGCCCUCACCCGUCUCCAGAAUCAAUUGACCAAAAAUGGCAUGACAACACUCGCAGGCCGAGUGUCGGCCGCCCACAAUAUUCUCUCGAAUCCCGGAGUGGCCCAUGCAUUGGCCGCCCGUGCCGCGGUCUUACAACGUCGUCGCUCGAAGGCCACCACACCGGUGUCCACAAAUGCCCUGGAAUUGCAAAAGGAUAUUGUUGAGCUGCUGACGAAAUCCAAUUCAGCCGCCGCCAUUGAAUUGGGCAACCUGUUGACCAGUCAUGAAAUGGAAGGUCUGCUGCUGGCCCAUGAUCGUGUGGCCACCCACACCGAUGGUACACCCUCACCAUCGCUAAGCGGUAUCGGCAGUCCACAACCUCUCUCACCCACCACCACUAGUGCGGCGGCUGCCACACCCUUACCACCUCCACCACCCGUGGUGCCACCACCACCUUUGGCCCAACGCAGUGCAAUGCCUUUACCUCCCAAUGUUCCGGCCCACAAUGCCCCGGGCAGCAGUACCGGCUAUGCCCAUAUGAAACCAACGUCGGGUCAUCGUGCCGAAUCGCCACCCAUGAGCAGUGCCUGCUUCGGCAUGCUCAACGAUCAAAACGACAAUAUACGCAUUAUACAAAUUGAAAAAUCGACUGAACCGUUGGGCGCCACGGUGCGCAACGAAGGUGAGGCCGUGGUCAUUGGACGCAUUGUGCGCGGUGGAGCGGCCGAAAAAUCGGGUCUCCUUCACGAAGGCGACGAAAUACUCGAAGUCAAUGGCCAGGAAUUACGUGGCAAAACCGUCAACGAUGUCUGUGCCAUGCUGAGCACAAUGCAGGGUACCCUGACAUUUUUGAUAGUGCCCGCCGGCAGUCCACCACCCGGUGGCGGCCAUCAUCGCGAAAACGCUGUGCUCCAUGUCAGGGCCCAUUUCGAUUAUGAUCCGGAGGAUGAUUUGUAUAUACCGUGUCGGGAAUUGGGUAUUAGUUUUCAGAAGGGCGAUGUCCUGCAUGUGAUAUCGCGCGAAGAUCCCAACUGGUGGCAGGCAUAUCGUGAGGGUGAAGAAGAUCAAACGUUGGCCGGUUUAAUACCUAGUCAGUCAUUCCAACAUCAAAGGGAGACCAUGAAAUUGGCCAUUGCCGAGGAGGCGGGACUGCAGGGACGGAAUCGUGGCAAAGAUGGCGGUGCCAAGGGUUCGACGCUGUUGUGCGCGCGCAAGGGACGCAAGAAGAAGAAGAAAGCCAGCUCGGAAGCAGGUUACCCUCUCUAUGCCACCACCGCCCCCGAUGAAACCGAACCCGAGGAAAUACUCACCUAUGAAGAGGUUGCCUUGUACUAUCCCCGAGCCACACACAAACGACCGAUUGUCCUGAUUGGCCCCCCAAAUAUUGGACGCCAUGAAUUGCGUCAACGUUUGAUGGCGGAUUCGGAUCGUUUCUCAGCAGCAGUGCCACAUACCUCCCGUGCCCGUCGCGACAACGAAGUUCCUGGCGUCGACUAUCAUUUUAUUUCGCGUCAAGCCUUCGAAGCUGACAUAUUGGCUCGGCGCUUUGUUGAGCAUGGUGAAUAUGAAAAAGCUUACUAUGGCACUUCCCUCGAAGCCAUACGUACAGUUGUGGCCAGUGGUAAAAUCUGUGUUCUUAAUCUACAUCCACAAAGCUUAAAGCUGCUAAGAGCAUCCGAUUUGAAACCCUAUGUUGUGCUGGUGGCGCCACCUAGUCUAGAUAAGUUGAGGCAAAAGAAAUUGCGUAAUGGUGAACCGUUUAAGGAGGAAGAAUUAAAGGAUAUUAUUGCCACCGCCCGUGACAUGGAGGCCCGCUGGGGCCAUCUAUUCGAUAUGAUAAUUAUCAACAAUGAUACCGAAAGAGCUUAUCAUCAGCUAUUGGCCGAAAUCAAUUCGCUGGAACGCGAGCCGCAAUGGGUACCGGCCAGCUGGGUGCAUAACAAUCGAGACGAGUCAUAAUUAUUGUUUUCUGUUUUAAGUGAAUGUUGAAAAAAAAUUGAAUGGAAAAAAAAUGAAUAUUUUGGAAUUUUAUUCUAAAACAUAUAGAUAUUUAAAAGAAUUGUGUAAAUAUUAAAAAAAAACAAAAACAAAUGAAAAUGAGUUGGAGAAGGAAUAAUAAUUUAUAUGUGAAAGAAAAAAAAAAUCAUUUAUAUGCAAUAUUAUUUUUUUAAAUUAAUUAAAUUUUUAUUUUCUAAAAUUUUAUUUGUUAAAUGUAGAUAUGUAUUUCAAUUAUUAUUAUUAUUUUUAUUGUGUAUGGCAUCAUAUUAUAUAAAUAUUUUUUUCUUAUUGUUUAUGUAAAAUAUUUUUUUUAUUUCUUAAAAUUUAUCACAAAUUAAUUUUUAAAAAUCUAAAAUUAUUUUAAAAUCUUAUUUUCUAACAAAAUUUGUUUGACAAAUAUCUUGCAAAGAAAGAAAAAAAAACAAACAUGGACUCUUCCUUAAAUUUCCACUUUUUAUGUUGAAACCUAAAAAGCUAUUGAAAUUACAAAAUUAUUACUUUUCUUUGAAAAAAAAAACAUUCCACUUUUUUAAUUUUUAAUCUUUAAAAUUUUUUUGUUUUAUAUUUUUCUUUCGAAAAAAUAAAAAAAUAAAGAAAAAUCUCUAAGCUAAACUAAAGAUUUAAAUAGAAACGUUAAAUAAAUCUACAGAAAUUUACAAACAAUGAAAUGAAUCUUGGGAGGGGAGGAUCAUUGGGGCUUAAAAAAAUAAAUAAAAUAAAAA